GUUGCAGUCCAUAUCGCAGUUCGCAAUUGCCAAAGUUCCGCACUUAAUCCAAAACCCAAAUUAACUCUAAACAUGAAGUUCUUUGUGUUCGCCGCUAUUGCCUGCCUCUUGGCCACAUCCGUUGUCGGCGCCGAAAAGGAGGAGAAGAUGCUGAGCUCCGCUUAUGGAGGCGGCUAUGGCCAACCAGCUGCUGCCCCCGCUCCCCAGGGCUACGGCGCACCAGCUGCUCCAGCUGCACCUUCCUAUUCUGCCAACGCGGCUCCAGCCCAGGCAGCGCCCGUCUCCAUUCCCGCACCGCCGUGCCCGAAGAACUAUCUGUUCAGCUGCCAGCCCAACCUGGCCCCAGUACCGUGCAGCGCUCCAGCUCCAAGCUAUGGAUCAGCUGGUGCCUACACCCAAUACGCUCCUAUAUACGCGCCACGCCCCCUGCGUUGGUAAAUCCCGCACGCCUUCACGAUACAUCUGAUUGGACCGUUA